GCGGCAGGAGCACCCCGGGAGGUGCCACCCUUGUGCGCCUGGGGGGAUUGAGUGGUGCCCCUGCAUCCGAAUCCAGAUGGGACCCUCCAGGCGGUGUGGACCCAGGUGGCCCUCCCGCCUUCCCCAGGGGGAGCAGAGGCUAGGCCACCAGACUGUCUGCUGAUGCUGGCCUAUAAGGACAAAGCGGAGCGAGCCAAGGGCCUCCGGGAACGUAGCAGCCUGACGCUGGAGGACAUCUGUGGCCUGGAGCCUGGCCUGCCCUACGAGGGCCUGGUCCACACGCUGGCCAUCAUCUGCCUGUCCCAGGCCGUCAUGCUGGGCUUCGAUAGCCGCGAGGCCAUGUGCGCCUGGGACGCCCGGAUCCGCUAUGCGCUCGGCGAGGUGCACAGGUUCCAUGUGACCGUGGCGCCAGGCACCAAGCUGGAGAGCGGCCCCGCCACCCUUCACCUCUGUAAUGACGUCCUUGUGGUGGCCAGGGAUGUCCCCCCGGCCGUCAUGGGGCAGUGGAAGCUGUCCGACCUCCGACGCUACGGGGCCGUGCCCAAUGGAUUCAUCUUUGAAGGCGGGACCAGGUGUGGGUACUGGGCUGGAGUCUUCUUCUUGUCGUCAGCUGAGGGAGAGCAGAUCAGCUUCCUGUUCGACUGCAUUGUCCGUGGCAUCUCCCCAACCAAAGGCCCCUUUGGGCUGCGGCCGGUUCUCCCAGACCCGAGCCACGGGGGACCUGCCGCCGCGGAGGAGCGGGUGGCCCAGGAGGCCCUGGAAGCCCUGAAACUGGAGAAGCGGCUCAGCCUCCUUGCCCACGCGGUGCGGCCCGGCAGCGGAGGGGAUGACCGCAGCCUGUCCAGCUCAUCCUCGGAGGCCAGCCACUCGGACGUCAGCGCCGGCAGCCGGCUCACGGCAUGGCCGGAGCCGUCCUCGUCUUCUGCCAGCACGUCGCAGGAGGGCCCGGGGCUGGCGGCUGCCCAGGCCUCCGGGGAGGCUGUGCCAGGCACCUCAAGGCCGCCCCCCAAGCCGCUGCGGCCACGACAGCUGCAGGAGGUCGGCCGUCAGAGCUCAUCGGACAGUGGCAUCGCCACGGGCAGCCACUCUUCCUACUCCGGCAGCUUCUCGUCCUGUGCCGGCAGCAGCCUGGACGUGUGGCGCGCAGGGGACGAGUUUGGCUCCAUGCUCAGCCUGCCACCGGCGGCCGGCGUGCCCGAGCCCAGCCUGUGCGCCUGCCCACCGGGGACAGCUGAGUACCAAGUGCCCACGGCCCUGCGGCACCAUUAUGACACACCACGCAGCCUGCGCCAGGCCCCCAGGGACCAGACCCCGGCCGCGCAGGGCAGCCCCAGUGACGGUGGGGCCGGGGACUCGGGUGGCCAGAUGUCCGCAGUGUGUCCCUCCGGCUGGCUGGGUGCAAGGCGGCAGGGACAGGCGACGGAGGCCCUGGGCUGCGAGGCCCCUGGCGAGGGCUGGGAGGCAGGCAGUCCCCACGCUGGGCCUCCUCCAGCUUUCUUUUCGUCCUGUCCGGUCUGUGGAGGACUCAAGGUAAACCCCCCUCCCUGAGAGCCGCAUCCCAGGCCCGCUGCUGCGGGCGCUGGGUUCUGUCCCUCUGGGCAGGAGGGGAGGGGCCGCCUUUUGUGCUGUCUGUGAAGCCAGCGACUGUGGGCACAGUGGGGAGGGCCAGCAGGGAGGGGUGACACCCCCAGAGCCUGUCCUCUGGGGAACGGAGCCUGCAGGGUGGGCCCCCAGGACUUGGAGAGGCCCCAGCGGCCUGCAGCUGGAAAUGUGUUCUGGAAAGCGGGAAGCUGUGGGUGGGGGGCAGGCUGGGGGCCCAUAGAGUCCCAAAGCCCGAGGGUCAGGUGCUGGGGGCACAGGCAGGGGCUGUCCUAGCCGGCUUGUGCCACGCCCUUGGGGUGAUGAGGGCUGGGAGCCCCUCGCUGGCCGAGGCCGUCUCCCUAUCCUAUUCCACUGCCUACUGGGGGACGGCCGUGCCGUGCCUCUCAGACCCAUCCCCUCCAUUGUGUGCAGUGGGGCUGUCCGCUGAGACCCGGGUUCCCGGGACAGGCGUGUGCACGGGGCGUGCAGGGCGAGCCUUACCUGUCUGCCCCACGCCUCGUGAGGCCGCGCCAGGCAGCCCAUCUUACAGGGGAAGAGACUGAGGCUCACGAGGUGCAGGGACUUGUGGGUCUGGGUCCCCUGACUUGCGGACCUAUGUGGCUCUCCCACCAGCAUGUUCUUGAACCUGCAGGCUCUCGGGCCGCGGGUGGGCAGGGAGGGCCCUGCUGCGGCCCCCCAGAGCGGGGAGGAGGGCGGUGAUGGCCCUCCGUUGGCCGGCCCGGCAGGGUCAGCUUGCCCUGUGAAGGCUCUGGAAGCCGCAGCUCACCCCCCGGCCGUCCUCCUGGCUAAGCCCGAGGCCAGUGGCUGGGACCAGAGGAGGCCAGGGCGCCGAGGGUCAGUUCAUUUGCACCUGGAGGGCACGUGGGCGGCCCAGGGGUAGAGCGGCUUCCGUGCCCUCCGUGGUCUGCCCGCUCGCCUGCAUGGGGUGCGGCUGCCUUGCCUGGUUUUGUACAUUCGUCCUGCAGUUUCGUGCACCCGCGAGAGGCGGGGCCCGUGCCCAUGGGGCUCCGGACGUGGGCUGGCGCGGUCCUGCGCGGUCUGGAAUCAGCCCCCCGCCGGGGGCCAGACAGCUCAGCUGUAAAGAUUUUGCUUUGUACCUUUACUGUCGGCUGAAGACCUUUGUUGCUCUCUGACAUUUUUAAAAUCUGACACUAUUUGUAAUACAUUCUUAG